GUUCUCCUCCCUCCCCCUCCCCCUCCCCUUCCGCCCACCUCUCUCCAUUCCUCUCUCUCCCUCUGUCGAUCGAAGUUCGGACUACAGAGGGGAGCAUUCGUCAUGGCAUCUAAAGCAACCGAAUCUGCAUCAAGAAUCAAAAAAUCUGAAGAACACACAAAUGAGACUUUUGGGAUGUUAUUAUCCAGAAUAUCUCAACUGAAAAAGGAGAUUCAAAACGCCAGAGUUGCUUCAAUUAGAGAAAAGCUUGAAAGAAAUAGAAAGACUUUACAAUGUCACACCUCCCAACUUCAGUCAGCAGCAUUGAAGAAGGAUUUCUAUUUCAUGGAGCACAAUGGGUCAAAAGACAUGCUUUCUUUUAGAGCUGAGAAUGCUCUUUGUAAGUUUAGUGGGUCUGCUCAGGGAUCAGGAGAAAGGGACUGCAUUAAUGAUGAAGAAAUUUUGUCCUCAACAGCUAUCAGGCUUCCUUUAAUCGAGAAGAUUCCACCUUAUACUACUUGGAUAUUUUUGGACAAAAAUCAGAGAAUGGCUGAAGAUCAAUCAGUCUUAGGGAGAAGACAAAUUUACUAUGAUCCAUGUGGCAGUGAAGCCCUGAUCUGUAGUGAUAGUGAGGAAGAUAUUGCUGAACCAGAGGAAGAGAAACAUGAGUUCUCUGAAGGUGAAGAUCAGAUUUUGUGGAACGUCUUACAGGAGCAUGGGGUAGACCAGGAAGUGUUGAAUCUUCUGAGCCAAUUUAUUGAGGCUACAACAACUGAGGUCCAGGAAAGAUACAACAUACUUAUGGAGCAAUAUCAUGAGAAAGCAAGCAAAAAUAUGCAAGAUUCUGUGCAAGGAGGAUUUGAAAGGAGUCUACUUUUGGAGAAGAGCCUUAGUGCUGCUUUAGAUUCUUUUGAUAACCUUUUCUGCCGCCGCUGUCUGGUAUUUGAUUGUCGUCUGCAUGGUUGUUCUCAAAAUCUAGUCAUCCCAGGUGAAAAGCGGUCAUAUUGGGGUGAACAUGAAGAAAAUGGAAAACCUUGUGGUGAUCAGUGCUAUCUUCAGGUAAAAGGACCCAGAGACUUAUCAGAAAGGAUUAAUACCAGUUCUAGCCCUGAUGAUAAUAUCACUGACAUCAGAACUGAUGAAAGAUGCAAAGAUGGGAAAGGGAUUGCUAAUGUUUCUUCACAAGAUGAUAAUACUCCAGAAGUUUCUUUUGGUGCUUUAGAUAAUGAUACAUCUAUUCUAGGAGUAUCUUCACAUGAAAAUUUAGGGAAACGCUCAAGGCAUGGAAAUACAGCACCAGAAGAGUCAACACAAGAUUCCAGCAACUUCCAGAGUUCUUCUGUCAAGAAGCAGAAGAAAAUAUCAUCUUCAAAUACAACAGAUGUACCAAAUUCAGAUUUCAGUUUGAGUGCCAAUAUUGUGCAUCCACUUACUGGAGCUCCUGAUGAAAAUCAAACCCAAACAAGCACUGACUGUGGUUUAAAUGAAUCUUUUGAGCAUACUUGGAAAAAUAUUACUUUACCUAGCAGUGUUGCAUAUGAUGAGAAUAAGGAGAACAUAGAACAUGAAACAAAUAAUGCUGUAGAAGGGCCUUUGACAAAGCAAUUUCCCAGUUCCAGAGCAAUACAUGAAGACGGAACUUUAAAUGGUUCUGAGUGGAAACCUAUUGAGAAAGAAUUGUACCUGAAGGGAAUAGAGAUAUUUGGGAAAAACAGUUGCCUCAUAGCUAGGAAUUUACUCUCUGGUUUGAAGACCUGCAUAGAGGUAUUCACCUACAUGCUUAAGGAAGGAGCUGCAAUGGCACACCAAUCUGCAGAUCUGCCAAGUCCAUGCUUGGAAAGCAAUGAUAAAGAUGAUAACGAGAAUAUGGAGCAAGAGAUGCCAACAAGAUCACGUUUGUUUCGUAGAAGAGGAAGAGCACGGAAACUGAAAUACACAUGGAAGUCUGCUGGCCAUUCAUCAAGUCGCAAAAGAAUUGCAGAUGGAAAGCAUCAAUUAUGUAAACAGUAUACACCUUGUGGAUGCCAGUUUAUGUGUGGAAAGCAGUGUCCUUGUCUUCAAGAAGGAACUUGUUGCGAGAAAUACUGUGGGUGCUCAAAGAGCUGUAAAAACCGGUUUCGAGGGUGCCACUGUGCCAAAAGUCAGUGCAGAAGCCGACAGUGCCCAUGCUUUGCAGCUGGCCGUGAAUGUGAUCCAGAUGUUUGCAGGAAUUGUUGGGUCAGCUGUGGAGAUGGUUCAUUAGGUCAGCCACCACAACGAGUUGAUGGUUAUCAAUGUGGGAAUAUGAGUCUCCUUCUAAAGCAACAGCAGAGAAUACUCUUGGGGAGAUCUGAUGUUGCUGGAUGGGGAGCAUUCAUAAAGAAUCCUGUUAACAAAAAUGAUUAUCUUGGAGAAUACACUGGUGAAUUGAUCUCCCACCAGGAAGCAGAUAAGCGUGGGAAGAUUUAUGACCGUGCAAAUUCAUCAUUCCUUUUUGACUUGAAUGAUCAGUAUGUUCUUGAUGCAUAUCGCAAAGGAGACAAGCUGAAAUUUGCAAAUCAUUCAUCAAACCCUAAUUGUUAUGCAAAGGUAAUGCUGGUAGCUGGAGAUCAUCGAGUUGGCAUUUAUGCUAAGGAGCAUAUUGAGGCUAGUGAAGAACUUUUCUAUGAUUAUCGAUAUGGACCUGAUCAAGCACCAAUUUGGGCCCGGAAACCUGAAGGUUCUAAAAAAGACGAUACGUCAGUAUCUCACGGCCGAGCACAAAAGCACCAAUCUCAUUAAUGGUUUGCAACCUUUACCAUGAUUUUUAAUGAGACACUCAUCAUUCAUAUUUAUUCAUAGUACAACCCAUUUUACAUGACAGGCAAGGUUUUUUUUUUUUUUUUUUUUCUUUACCGUGUAUAUUUACAUAAAAU